UGAUAUCGAUGUAGAGGCUAAGUAUCACCAUGUUAUUGCUAGUGAGAUUGCUCAUUUAUUUUGUCUUGUUCCAGAUUUUACAAUUUUUCUGGAAGAUCCGAGUGUCAUUAGCAUACUGUCUUCAGCCACACUUAACCCUAAUAUCGAGCAUGACAUCCAUGAACACAUUUGCAAAUGUGAUGUUUAUAAAUCAAAAGAAAGACUUUUAGAGUUAAUAACAGUGCAAGUCAAACAGGCAAAGCAACAUAGUCUCUUUGUUUACAGUAAUUAUUUCAAAGAACCUAGAGAUGGGCUCAAAGGUCUUAACAUUACGUAUUAUGAAGCAAGAAAGUCUCAGAGACCAUCAACUGCUCCUUUACUAAGAAGCAGAAGUCUAAAUGCAAGUCUUGAACAUAGUCCAGCUGUUGGUGAAAAAGUACUGCUAGGGCCCCAAAGACUGGCACAUAUUGUGUCAGUUCCAGAUACAAAGGUUUUGCUUGUACAAGUACAUUCUUUGCCCUCAUCCAAACAUCUCCAGGCAGAUUACCAAGAGUCUAGUGAAACAACCCAGUCUUUGUUUUACAUCAAUAGAGAAGAUUUGCAGUGGAAUCAAAAGUUUAUGUCUUGGGUUAUGGAGAAUAAGUUAAAUAAGCUAGCUGACAAAGUCCAAAGUAAAAAGUCUCAUGAUCAAAGACCAAGACUGGUGCUGCAGAGGGUGACAAACUUUCCAAGUCAGCGGAGUAAGUCUUCAUGCUCUACAAAUGACAUAGAUAGGUUUACUAAACAAGAGUUGUCAAUCAGCAGUCAGACUUUGUUGGAUUUGAGAAGCAGUCAUAAUUUCAAAGAUAUCAGAAUAAGAAACUAUGGAAUUGAAACUAAUUUGAAGGAUGAGCAUAUAGUUGGCAGCCAAAAUCAGAGAGACAACAGCAGUAGCAAGAUGCCAACACUGUCAGAGGGUGACUUCACUGAAUACCCAGGUCAAUACAGGGUAUUACAAGGGAAUGUCUAUCAUCUGUAUGAUUCUAAAUCCAGAAGUACUCAAAUGCCAGUUAACUGUUUGAUUCAAAGGCCAGAGACUAGUUACAGUAAAAGAUCAGACAAUAUGUUCAUAAGAAGGUCAAACUGGCCAAAAACUAUUUGUUAGUUUUGAUGUACUGUUUUCUAUGUUCUUAUAGAGUAGUCUUACUUUUGUACAAGUUGGCCUUUUCUUGUAAAUAAAACACUUGAAAAGGCCACAGUCAGUGAUUGUGUCUGUAUUGUUUAUUCUUGAAUAUAUAUUCAUAUAAGAGUUUAUUUUCAAAGAUAUUCAAUAGAUUGUUUCAA